GUUUUGGUUUUCUUAUCUUUCCAUCUUCCGCGAAGGGCAUCCAAAAAAAGGCACUUGUUUCAAUUAAAGAUAUUUUUAUUCUCUCUCUCUCGAAACAACAUCAAUCAAAAAAAAAAAAAAAAAUUUAAUUAGAACAAACCCUACCUCUUCUCUCAAUUUGGAUUUGAUUCUUUGAAAUUUGAAAGCACUAAUCAAUCUUUAGGUUUUUUUAUUUUGAAACUCGACGAACUUUUUUUAUUUUGUCAAUUUCUGGAUCGAGUUUUUGGUUUCUCUGACAAGUUACCGAUACGAUAUUUGAUAUGGCCGAUUCUAGGAAGCGAGAUACCGGAGACGAUCAUCAGCACCGUGAUGAUCAACCAAAUGACGGUGAUGAUUUGUCUAUUUCGUCGUCGACGACUGAUGACUCUCAAUUUAAUGGAACCGAAGGAGAGAAUGAAUUGACGAGGAUUGAGAGUAGAGUUUCAGAUCCGUUGACUGAUGCAACCGGAGGAGACUUUUUGGUUGGAGAGGAUAGGGUUUUACGGUGGUUACAAGCUUUGGACAUGCAAGUUAUGGGAGCUUGUCGAGGUGAUGAGAGAUUGAAGCCGUUGUUGAAGCUUAACGUUUCUAAUGGAAUGGCUGAAGAUCGAUUGCUUGCGCAUCUUAGCCAGCACUUCGAGCCUGCGGAAAUUGGUAUGCUGGCUAGAUGUUUUUGCAUACCUCUGGUUUCGGUUCGCGUCGGGAAGAUUAUAAAGGAAGGGAUUCUAAUGCGCCCCACUCCCAUAAGGUAAUCAAUGAGUCCUGUUUUUGUUAUAAUCGUGUUAAUUGCUAUUUUCUUUGUUCGCUCUUUGUUGUCUUAGAGAUUUGUGAAUUAUAGCUCUCUAGUUAGGUUUUGUUGUCUUUGAAGACGGUUCUUAUGUUAGAGAUGUAGCAUAGCAUAUACCAGAAUGUUAAUUAAUGGUUUGUGUGUAAUCUGUCAUUGAUUAGGCGAUUUUAUGAAUGCUUGUUCAAUUGCAGGCUGAUUAUCUGAAUCAGUAGUGAUUUUGAAAUCAUCUGCUGAUACAAAGUAAGUUUUUUGGGUGCACACAUACAAUUCCUGCUUUAGUUUUAUUGAUACUCUCUCGCUGAGUUUCUCCAUGUUUGGUCUCAUUUUAUCAAAUACUAUACCUAUUUUCAUAUGAAUGGUUGUAUCUCUGUUUUACUGACCUUUUGCAGUUCUUUAUGUGCUAACACUUUGGAGGUUGGGGUAUUACAUAGUCUUAGUUCAUAUGGUUAGUUAUGUUUGUAUCAAUGUAUAUCUAGCUUUCAGUAAUAAGGUCUAUCCAUAAUUUGCGUUGGUUUAGUUAAAAUUUUAGAAAUCAUAGGAUCUCAAUCAGUCGUAUAGUGAUACUGUUCAUGCUUCCAAAUAAAAUGUAUCUUUUAUUGUAGGUAAUGUGGGCGUAAUCUGUUAUGAUCUCUGGUAGAUGAUGAAGUAAAGGUAGUUUCAUCACCAAUGUUGUGUAGUAUGUUCUUGAUUUCUAGUCAUAUAGGGCUUUAAUUUUCUCUCUGUUUUGUCAUAACAUCACUGACUAUAUAUCCUUCUUAAUCACUUUAUAUUAUCUCGCUAUGGCUUUCAUUGAAUGGUAUUUUUUUUGUAAAUUUAAGCUUUUUGUUUUCUCAUCGUUACUACUUAUUUGAUUUAAAAGGUCUUUUGUGUGUUCUGGUGGUACUAUUCUGUUCAAACUUAUUACAAUGGAUCUAUAUAAAGUUCGUUUCAGGAAGCUCUUAGAUAAUCAUGUUAUCAUCUUUUUUUGUUCUAGCUUCUAAGUUGCAGGUCCCUAUGCUAAGUUAUGAAUAAUGUAGUUUCAGUUAAGCUAAGCCACAGUCUUAAAAAGUGUCAAGUACCAAAUUAUUGAACAUAAUGUUUAUUCCGGCAGUACCCUAUGUUUUGUGAAUAUUAGUAAUAGGCUAAUAACAUAGCUGUUCUGUAAACAGUUCUGCAUGUUUAUCUGGUAGAUUCUUUUGAUGUAGUUUGAAUUAAGGGUAACUUGCAAGCAUUUAAAAGCUCUUGGACUUGAUCCAACUUCUGGUUUUCAGCAUCUAGUGUUUAUUUGUUAGUGCUUUUGAUUUUGAUAUUAGAGUGUUUUUCCGACUGAUUUCUUGACGUUUUAUCUCCUAUUGGUCAGGGGUAACCUGAGCCUUAUGGUCUUGCCAACAUCUGACUUGAGACUCUCAUUUAUUGGAGACAAUGGUCAUUCAGAACAACUCUUUACCUAUACCAGCAAAUCUCAGUGCUCUGCGGUGUCAAUUGAGGAGAUAACUGUGGACAGCUCUGGUAGAUCUUUUGUUAUAAGGAUCGCAAAUGGCAAUGCUUUUUACUAUUGGUGCUCAGAGAAGUCAAAACUUCUGGGAACUGAAUUGCGUAGGAAGAUGAAAGACUUGAUCAAGAAGAAGCCAUCAAUCUCAGAAUUAACUGGAAUUGAAGAAUCACGUCUUGGCUCUGUUGCUUCUCAUCUCCGUUUGUAUCUCAUGGGUUCAGUGGUGCCUAACAUCAAAGGUUGUCAGGUCCCAUCUCCUGAUUCAUCAUCAUCUUCUGGCUUUUCUGAAACAGCUGAUUCCUCCUCGAGUGCAUCAUCAAAAUCUCUUAGAGCACGCCACUGUGGGACUCAACAGACAAAGACCCAAGGAAGCCUCAGCCCUAGAGCAAGCUCCUUCAAAGAAAACACACUGAGAAAUGCUUCUCUACGUAUCUCCUCUAGAGAUAAAUCAAAGGGACACAGUGAAGGCCAUUUCUCAAUCUUUGAUAAUUCAUCCAUUACCUCUAUCCCCACCAAUGUAGAGGGUUUUAUCCAGUCAGAAGGAGAAGUUGAAGAAGCUACUGAGAAUUAUAAUGGAAUCAGACAAAUUAUUGCUUUUGAAGAAGCAGAGUCAACACCAAGUACAAUGACCGGACCUCCCCCAUUUCCUUUGAAGAUGGGUCCACCAGUCUUUUCUCCUUAUUAUUGCUGGUGCCCUCCAACCACUUCAUCGCUUCACGCACCAUCUGCCUCUUAUCAGUUCCCUCCACUAUCCAUUGAGCUACCUUCCCUUCCGCCACUUUCCUCCUUAUUACCAGCAUCGGGAUCAGAUGGAUUCUUGAUCCCGUCAUCACCGCUCGAUCUCUCUGACAUCCCUCCAUUACCAUUAGUCCACCACAUACCCAUUCCAGGCUCAUCAUCAUCAUCAUCCCAGCAACAGAUGAUGAUUCCUAUAAUGUGCGACCCUAUUGUUCAUAUUCCAGUUAUCGAUAUCUUCUCUUCAGGUCAAAGCUAUCUGGUAAGCGCUGGACCCACCGGGAUAAUAUCCACGGGCAUCCCUCCGCUCCCAGUGGAGAAUGAUUCGCUGGUCGAGAAAGGUGCAAGAGAAACACUACGAUUGCUCAUAAGCGGAGCCAAUGCAACAACAUCUACACCUUUGAACCAUCAUGGAAGCAGAGGUCUAUACAGUGUGAGCCGGGAUGUGAGUGGUGUGAGCUUGUUUGCACCUAUUGGGUUGCAACAACCGAGUUCAGUUGAGGGAGGAGAUGGUGGUGGUGAGAGUGUGAGCUCAAGCGAAGCAGUGCCUGCGCCUCCCAGAGAGACUUCUGGUUAAUUUUUUUGGUUCUUUGUAAGUGUGGUCCGAGUUAAGUGUAUAGAAAACUCAUCUCUCGCCUAGUUUUUGGUUUUGUUCAGCCCAAGUCUUUUGGUUUCAGGUGUAAUUAGUCGGGUUUUUUGUAGCUUGCUUAUAUUACCUUUGUUAUUUCCGAGUUUCAAAUGAAGCUAAGAAAUACGAUCAUAAUAAAAAAGUUCUUUUGCAGUAUUCAUUUUC